AGUCAAAUUCACAAUUGACAGUGUUGACACUAAAAGUUGUGCGCGAGUCUACUCUAAAAAAUCAGCUGUGUAACUAUGUCCUAGAAUGAAUCGAGCUGGCUAAAUGCGCCUAUAGGGAAGCAAAGGCCAAGAACUUUGAGUGAAGUGAAGUAUGUCCUAGAAUCGUCCAAACUGCUAAUCCGAAUAAAGAUAUUGAAUUUAUGAAUAAUAACUUCCCUGAAGAAAAUACAUUUUCGUUUUCAUAGACAAUAUUCUUAUUCAGUUCUACAUGAAUUCUUCAGAAUUUUUCAACGCCCUCAAUAGAUCUGAGAUUAAUGAACAUAAAAAAGUAUCUUCAUUUGGAAGACUUCUAGUAGGAAUCACAGGUGGAAUAGCUUUUGGUGUAACCGUAAUUUGUAUUCCUUUUAUAACUCCAGCACUGCGUAAAGUUUGUUUACCAUAUGUACCUGCUACAAACAACCAAAUAAAAAAUAUACUUUUGGCACUUGAAGGCCGUUCUGGUACAUUGCUUGAUCUGGGCUCUGGUGAUGGUAGAGUCGUUUUAGAGACUGCUAAGAACAAAUUUGUAUCACAUGGAGUAGAAUUGAAUCAUUGGUUGGUUUAUUAUUCAAAAUUGAGUGCAUUGAAAAAUGGACUAGCCAGCUGCACUAAGUUUUACCAGAGAGAUUUAUGGAAAUACAAUAUAUCUGCCUAUGAUAAUAUUGUUAUUUUUGGUGUUGAACAAAUGGUGAGUCACAAAGAACUACUAUUAAAUUUUCAAGUAAUUGAAAAAAGUAUUA